GUUUGAAGAUCCAUAGAUUAGCAGCAAGGAAACUUAUUCAAAAUCUCGAUAAUGGAGAUUUGUAUCUUCAUAAACAUCCUAAAAAUGCUGGUAAACAUAUUUCAAAUUCGUUAGUUAAAGAACAUAUUAUUAACCUUGCUAAAAGAUAUAAUUUAGCUUCAAAGUAUACUAGGUAUUAA